AUGCUACGAAAUGCGCGGCACGGUUGUUCUCAUCUGCGACAUUUAGGGUCAACUCGACGACAUGCAAGUCAGAUUUCCCAUCUCUCAGGCUCGUCCUUGAAGGAGCUGAACACCAGUGUCAAUGCUCUCGUCUACAUUGCUUCUGAUGGUUUUCCUGUAACUGGAGGACUACCUCUGAGCGGUUUCUCUGUAGCCGUCAAAGACAACAUAUGCACGUCCUCUAUGCCUACAACCUGCUCCUCUGCUAUGCUGCUUGACUUCAUAUCGCCUUUUGAUGCUACUGUCGUGAAGUUACUCCAGGACGGCGGUGCGUACAUUUCCGGCAAGACAAACUGCGACGAGUUUGGCAUGGGAUCCUUGAACAUGUACUCCGUGCACGGUCCCGUCAUUAAUCCAUACCAGCCUCCAGACAGUAGUGUCUCCUGGACAGAUCGUGAGCGUCGGUCUGCGGGCGGUAGCUCUGGUGGGAGUGCUGCGGCUGUUGCUGUUGGAAUGUGUGAUGCUGCACUCGCCACGGACACUGGUGGCUCUAUCCGUCUGCCCGCUUCCUACUGUGGAGUUGUCGGCCUCAAACCAUCAUAUGGUCUAGUCAGCAGAUGGGGGGUCGUGUCCUACGCGGACAGCCUGGACUGUGUCGGCGUAAUGGCACGGACGGUACGCGAUGUAAGAAAGACGUACAACGUCCUGUCGGUGUACGAUACCAAGGACCCCACCGCUGCCAGGCCAGCUACAAGGCUUCGGGCAGCGGAAGAACGUGAUAAACACCAGGAAUACUCGCUAGACAGUCCACUCUCAGGACUGCGCAUAGGUGUUCCUCAGGAAUACUUCCCCUCCGACAUGGACUCUCAUAUCGUCCAACCUGUACGCCGCGUUCUAGAAACGUUGAGAGCGCGUGGAGCCUCCAUUGUUCCCGUAUCCCUUCCAUCGACGCGGUAUGCUCUUAGCGCUUACUACGUUAUAUCCAGCGCAGAAGCAAGCAGCAAUCUUGCUCGAUACGACGGUAUCGAGUAUGGUACCUACAUCGACCCGCCUCCCGGCACGGAUAAAACGAAAACGGCGAAGGUGUAUGCCCACUCGCGGUCCGCGGGUUUUGGCAAAGAAGUCCAAAAGCGGAUACUCCUUGGCACAUAUGCUCUCACAGCGGAUGCAUUCGACAACUACUUCCUGCAGGCGCAGCGCGUACGCAAGCUCAUAUGCGCGGAUUUUGACCGCGUGUUCUGUGUACCGAACGUCCUCAAUUCGACGUCACAAUCCAACCCCGAUUUCACCGGUGUACAUGUGCUCCUACAUCCCUCUGCAAUACGCACGGCGCCACGGUUACCCUCUUCGACUGAUGCAGACCAUGACUUGGGUGCAUACGUGCAGGAUGUCCUCACCGUGCCUGCGUCGUUAGCGGGCUUGCCCGCGAUCAGCGUCCCGGCCGGACAUGGAAUGGAUGCAUGGCCGGUGGGUAUCAGUAUCGUCGGGCAGUGGGGUUGCGAUGAGAUGGUCAUGGACGUAGCUGAGAUAUGUGAGAGAUAUAAUACUACAUAG